CCAACGCUCCAGGUAGCGGCGGCCGCGGCUGCCCUCUGUGGCGGGAGGCUCACCCCCGCGGCCCUCCGCCCGGGGCGGGGAGGGGGCGUUCCUGCGACCCGCCGCCCGUGAUGUCACAAUCGCGGCUGGCCCUGGCGUUCCCGGGUCGGCUUGGGGCGCCUGGCUGCAGGGCGGCGAUUGAAGCGGGCCGCUGGCUCCCGAGUCAUGGAGUUCCCCUGGCCCCUCCUCUACCACUCCCACUCCCGCGCUGGGCCCCCCCGCGGGGGCUAGCGUCCGCGCGGCGGCUCCGAGGGGGUGGGGCUGCAGGGAAUGGCUGUGCCCCCUUCGGCUCCCCUGCCGUGCUCGCCCUUUUACCUGAGGAGGCAGGCGCCUUGCCCACAGUGCUCAUGGGGCAUGGAGGAGAAGGCGGCGGCCGGCGCGGGCUGCCGGGAGCCGCCGGGCCCCCCGAGGGCGGCCGCCGUCCCAUGCUUUGGCAUAUCCGUGGACCACAACGACAUCCUCCCCGGCGCCCUGCGCCUCAUCCGGGAGCUGCGACCGCAUUGGAAGCCCGAGCAAGUUCGGACCAAGCGCUUCACUGAUGGCAUCACCAACAAGCUGGUGGCCUGCUACGUGGACGAGGACAUGCGGGACUGUGUGCUGGUCCGGGUGUACGGGGAGCGGACGGAGCUGCUGGUGGACCGAGAGAAUGAGGUCAGGAACUUCCAGCUGCUGCGGGCACAUGGCUGCGCCCCCAAACUCUACUGCACCUUCCAGAACGGGCUGUGCUACGAGUACAUGCAGGGCAUGGCCCUGGGGCCUGAGCAUAUCCGUGAGCCCCGGCUCUUCAGGCUCAUCGCCUUAGAAAUGGCAAAGAUUCACACCAUCCACGCCAAUGGCAGCCUGCCCAAGCCCAUCCUCUGGCACAAGAUACACAAUUAUUUCACCCUUGUGAAGAAUGAAAUCAACCCCAGCCUUUCUGCAGAUGUCCCUAAAGUGGAGGUGUUGGAACAGGAGCUGGCCUGGCUGAAGGAGCAUCUGUCCCAGUUGGACUCCCCUGUGGUGUUUUGUCACAAUGACCUGCUCUGCAAGAAUAUCAUCUAUGACAGCACCAAAGGUCAUGUCCGAUUCAUUGACUAUGAAUAUGCCGGCUACAACUACCAAGCUUUUGACAUUGGCAACCAUUUCAAUGAGUUUGCAGGUGUGAAUGAGGUUGAUUACUGCCUGUACCCGUCACGGGAGACCCAGCUGCAGUGGCUGCGCUACUACCUGCAGGCACAGAAGGGGAUGGCUGUGACCCCCAGGGAGGUGGAGAGGCUCUACGUGCAAGUCAACAAGUUUGCCCUGGCGUCUCACUUCUUAUGGGCCCUCUGGGCCCUCAUCCAGAGCCAGUUCUCCACCAUCGACUUCGAUUUCCUCAGGUACGCAGUGAUCCGAUUCAACCAGUAUUUCAAGGUGAAGCCUCAAGUAUCGGCCUUGGAGAUGCCAAAGUGACCAGCUUCCCCCUCCCUCUCCUACCCAUCUGCCUGGCCAGACCCAUCCUCCAGGGCUCAGUUCUGCUCUGGGGUCUGCACCCUUGGACAAGAUGGGAGAAGGGACAGGUGGGUGUCCCAGGAGAAGGCUCUGCCCCUGCUGCCAGCCCCUGGGAUGCUGCUGGUGACCACAUUCUCCUUUGGAGGGGUUGACAGGACCCAGCUCUGGGGAUCGUCUUCACUUAUCAGACUUGGGGUCGGGGGUGGCGGAGGGCCUGCGGCCAGCCAGGACUCUGACCACACCCAUCCUGGGAAGCCCAGCAUUCCUAGCCCGGGGCCAUGCUGGAAUCUGGGCUGCCUUAGAUGUGUCUUUGACCUUGCUGGCCUGGGGAAGGGGGAAGGUGGGAGGGCUCCAUUCUACCUCCAGUGCCCUGAGCCUCCAGCCUGUCUACCCCUGCACGCCCCACGUGGGAGGUGCUGAACUCAAACCAGCAUCCUGCCAGCUCUGACAAAUGGAUGUAGAUAUUUGGGGUAAGGGAAGUCCUAGAAUUAGGUUUGAUGGCUCGCCCAGCAGCCACCUCAUCUGAGAUCCCUGCGUUUCUUCAAAUCAGAUCCAAUCCAAUAACCCCUUCCCAAACCUCAGCCCAAGGACAUGUGCUCUCCUCCAGGCUUGGGUUCUGUCUCUCUGCCACCUGCUGGGAGGGAAGGGAAUAGUGACAUCUUGGGCCACCAAGGGCUGGCUCUGCUUCAUGCUGUGGCUUGGCUGGAGGGAACGUAGCCAGCAGCCUCCUGCCUUGCUCCCUCUCCUUCCCUCCUCAAGUGGGUCCAGGGUCUCGCUGCUGGGAAACAACUCGUGAGAGUUAAACAGCAGAGACAGGGACCGGGGCCAGGGACCUCAGGGGCUUGCCCAGUGUGCGGGAGCCUGGGUGGGAUGGGUUGUGAAGGUGCUGAAGGAGCUGCCACCCCUGACUCCCAAUGGCCUCCACCUCCCUUCUGCCCUCACAGCCUCAUGGGCUUUCCUGCCUCUGACCUAUAAAAUGAUUCAUUUGUAAAUUAUCAUGGUUUUCUGCAUUAAACUGACCAUUUAUGGA